AUGUUAACUGCUACAAAAGAAACUAAACAGACAUGUAUGACAUCAAACUCUUUUAAUAAUAAAAGUGUUCUGAAAUCUGAAUCAAGUGAUCAUUCAGUAAUUAAUCAAACUCCAGAUGUACGAAUUACACGCUUAAAAACAAUGAAGCUUCAAACAGAAGAAAGAAAACAAAUGGAUCAAGUAUUUUUUGAUAAAUUCCCCAACACCACAUUUAAAAUGUUUGCUAUUAAAUUAUAUGAUAUUAACGAAGAAGUAAAAUUUCUCCGAACACUUGGAUUGAUAUGUCGUUUUAAAUGUCCCUUUACUAGUAAAGUAAAAAAAAAAUAA